AUGGCUUCGUUAUUCAAGGAUCCGGCGAAGCUCUCAGCGUACCGGGACAGAAGAUUCCCUGGAAAUCAAGAAGAGUUUGAGCAUGCUCUGAUAACUUCAUCAACCGUUUAUGUUGGGAACAUGUCGUUUUACACUACCGAAGAGCAAAUUUACGAACUGUUUUCUCGAGCUGGUGAAAUCAAGAAGAUCAUCAUGGGUUUGGAUAAGAACACUAAAACUCCUUGCGGAUUUUGCUUCGUUUUAUACUACUCUCGUGAAGAUACUGAGGAUGCUUGCAAAUAUAUAAGUGGGACGAUACUGGAUGAUCGUCCUAUUCGUGUUGAUUUUGACUGGGGAUUUCAGGAUGGAAGACAAUGGGGUCGCGGUCGUAGUGGUGGCCAGGUGCGUGACGAAUAUCGCACCGAUUAUGAUCCAGGUAGGGGUGGAUAUGGGAAGUUGGUUCAGAAAGAGUUAGAAGUACAAAGGCAGCUUGUAGAUUAUGGCACUGGUUCUUUGGGAUCUUUUCCGCCAGUUAUUCCUUCUUAUGGUAGACAUGGUGGUGGUCAUGGUCACGGUGGUGGCCAUGGUCAUGGUGGUGGCCAUCGGCAUGGUAGAGAUUACCACCAUAGGAAGAGAUACAGAGACGAUGACCGCCACACACAGGAGCCCUCAAAAAGAACAUCAGAUCAUGAAUCUCGGAGGAACGCUGACCAUGAAUCUAGACCGGAAAAAAAUCCACGAUUUCGGGAGAGUGGUGAUUCUGAUGAUGAGGAGGAAGAUGAUCGAAAAAGACGGGGUUGA